UCAUUAUUUUACCAACUUUUACGAGCACCGAUCCCCCAAAGACUUAUCAUGACUUUGCUUCUAAAUUUUACUCCCCUUCUUGUGGCAGAGACCGGCUCCGGUUCCCUGUCCCGUGAGCAGCGCCUUAUCGCUGCAAUUUUUCUCUGAUGAAAGUAAGUUUCUACGUCGCUUGCUGGCAUGGUGUGCACCGGACACGGAUGCCGUUUUUGAAGGGGAUCCGAUCCGACCGGUCGGUGAUAAGAUGCAAAGCCAUGUGGUACCUCACGCUCCGGUAUUUGGAGUGAUCUGAAGAAAUGUGCUACUGCUACUGCUGUUGCUGUUGCUGCUGCUGCACAAGGGUAAUAACAGUGAAGAGGAGGCGGGGAUGCCGGUACACUAUUACGUCGUGGCGGCAUCAGCAGGAGACGAGAGCUGCGCCGUCUCGAUGCCCGGUAUCGUGGUUUUUCGUCGACGCUGGUCAGUUGGAUCCGAUGACCUAGUGGUUCCCGGAUUGUUUCUCUUCGCUAUUCAUCUGAUAUGGCUAACAGUUCUUGCUGUGGUGACCGGCGUCUUCCAGUACGACAGGUCAGUUCGAUGCAUAGAGCUCUUAUGGUACUUCCAGAUCGGCUACCUAGGAAUUAUGGGACUAUGUGCCCUGCUGGAACUCGUCAUCUGCAUCGUCUCGAUGCGGGGUAGCAUCCUGGAUACGGGACCCCGCGUAAUCAUGCCGUACCUGCUCUACAUUCGUAUUUUAGUCAUGCUGCUGGAUCUGACAUGGCUAAUUCUGGGCAUAAUCUGGAUGAAGGACCACUACUUGCACUGUCCCAUCCAGGAACCGAAGGAGACGAUGCUGGCGGUGAUUAUCUGUAAUCUGCUGGUAAUUUUCAGCAUGUUCACCACCAUCUGGUGCACCUUCGAUCCGGCUGGUCGGUCGUGGGUCAAAAUGAAAAAGUACCAGCGAUCGAUGCGGGAAUCGGAAUCCCGCUUUAACUACAAACGAAGCGGCAGCCGGAGUCGUAACUGGCGCCAGCGGAAGGUAAUACGAGCCUAUCAGGACAGCUGGGACCAUCGGUGUCGGCUGUUGUUCUGCUGCAUGGGCAACAGCGAUCGCAGCCGGAACUCGUUCACCGACAUCGCUCGGUUGUUGAGUGAUUUCUUCCGCGAUCUGGACGUGGUACCGUCGGAUGUGGUGGCGGGAUUGGUGCUGUUGAGAAAGUUCCAGAAACUGGAACGGGAAGCCAUCGUUAGGCAGCGUAAAAACGACACCUACGAGUUCCUAUCGGGGGUACCGAUUACCGCCAAUACUCAGUUCCUGGCUUUGAAUGACUCCAAAGACUACGACCACUUUCAGACUGUGAUUCGCUACAUGUACUUCGCUCAGGGCGCCUACGGCUGGCCUAUGUUCCUAAUGACCCACUCGCAAACCGGAGUCUGUCAGUUGGGUUCCGAACUGUCUUGCUGUCUGUCGUGUUGCCGGCGGAAAUCCGGCGUCGACGUGGUUGAGGACAAUUGCUGUUUCUGCAACUAUGCCGCUCUGAAGAAGAUGCUGCAAGUAGGAGAAGUCGAAGUAAUCUACGCAACAUAUCAUGUAGACAUUGGCGAAACGCCAUUUUUUGUAGCGGUGGACUACACCUACGGCAAGGUGGUGGUCAGCAUUCGGGGGACACUAAGCAUGAAGGAUGUGCUCACGGAUCUAAAUGCCGAAGGUGAGUGUUUACCGCUGACACCACCGCGGGAGGAUUGGUUGGGUCACAAGGGAAUGGUGCAGGCGGCGAUCUACAUUAAAAACAAAUUGGAAGAAGAGAAUCUCAUUCAGCGGGCACUUGCUCACAACCCGACCCGGGGGACACAGGACUUUGGGCUGGUUCUGGUAGGACACUCGCUCGGAGCCGGUACCGCGGCCAUUCUGGCGAUUCUGAUGAAACAGCAAUACGAUGACUUGCAUUGUUACAGCUAUUCGCCACCAGGGGGAUUGUUGAGCAUGCCGGCGGUAGAAUACAGUAAAACCUUCAUAACGUCGGUGGUGGUCGGUAAGGACGUAGUCCCCCGAAUCGGUCUUCACCAAAUGGAAGCAUUACGGGCGGACCUGAUCAACGCCAUACAGCGGAGUGUAGAUCCGAAGUGGAAAACGAUAGCCUGCUCAGUUAUUUGCUGCUGCUGUGGUCCGGAGCCUACUUCGGUGACGGAAAUGUCCAAUAAAGUGGAAAAUGUCCAGCGUUAUGAGCAGGAUCGAAACAGUGCCCGCCAAAGCACAGUACAUCCGAACGACAACUCAAUUGCUCUCACGCUACAUCAUCCUCUCUAUCCACCUGGACGGAUAAUCCACAUCGUUCGGCAUCAUCCUAGCCAGGCAGAACACAAGUACGAGAAAGGUUGGAGACAAAUGCUCAAAAAGCACGAACCCGUCUACCAAGCGAUCUGGGCCAACAACACCGACUUCGACGAGGUGCUGAUCUCACCGGUGAUGCUGCAGGAUCACAUGCCGGACAAGGUGCUGACAGCACUGAACAAGGUUAUAACCACCGUCGGCCCCCGAAAACCUCAACGCCAGUCCUCGAAUGCCAACUCGUCCAUUGCUUCGGAUGCCAUCGAUGCAUUACUUCUGGAGGGGCAACAGCUCAACACCACUUCUCAACAACCAUCGGGAAUCUCAUCGCUGCAGAGUCCUGCGUCACCUUUGGUUCCGCAUAAAGUCUGUCUGGAAACAUCCUUCACCAGUCUGCAGUCUCCGCUGGAUCACAACCCGCCUAGCAAAGCAUCCUCCGUGGUUGGCAGCAUCCUGGGUGUUCGCAGUCAGCUCUCCAGUGUGGUCGAUGACAGCGGUAUUCCUAAAAGCCUUUCAGGACCAAGUGAAGCAACUACAGUAAUUUUCAACGAUCCGCAUCAUCUCGCACAACCGCUGCGAGCAUCCAGUUCGGCUAGCAAUGCUACCACUGCCACCAAAAUGGUCAAUUUCAGCACCUCUCCGACGAAUGUGAUACGAUCGACUGCGCAAGGUAACUCUCAGGCUAAACCCAACAGUUUGUCCUGGAACGGAGUUCGACAGAAUUCCUUCGACAUCAAGAAAAUAGAUCUAAUUCAUGACGAUUGGUUCGGGCUAGCCCCGCUGGCAAGUCCAGAAAGUUUGUCGGAGCUAUCAAGUAUCAGUUCACGUGCUAGUUUCGGGGCCAACCUAGCCUCCAGUAUCGACCGGUAUUUGGAGAAAAUUACCGAAAAUAAAGAAAGCAGCCGAAAAGGAGACGGAUCGGAUCCAUUGCUGGAAUCACAACUGCACACACCGAAGAUCAUGCGACGCACGCCGAAAGUCAGUGGCAAUCUGUCCAUGUGCGCGGAAGACAUGAAAACAAUUAACAGCUACAAGCGAAUGGGAAAGAUCUUUAUGUUGAACCGAGCCCCUUCGGACAGUGAUUCAACGAUGGAUAGUUAUGAAUCGGCACACAAUGUGAUCGUACUGGACGGAAAUGGUAUUAUCGGUAUGGAAGAACUCGGUAGCGCCAGUGGGAACUCUCCGACCAAGGAAAACUCCAAAUCCGCUGAUAAUCUGGACGACUUAAGUACAAGGCCAUCGACAACAGGAACGAGUACGGGCUGUGCUGGUGGUGGAUGUGCUGGUGGUGGAACCAAAAAGACCUCAUUUACCGUAAGUGAUAGUGCAAUACAGCACGAAUGCACCUCAAAUUGCCCCUCCUGUCCCUGUCGGCGAUCUCCGGGUGGGCCGUGCUGCCAAAAGUUCAAUCACCGUGAUUGCUACAACUACAAGUACACGUCGUUCAAUAUAUUUAAGUUCAAUAACAGUAGAGAUAGUGGCAGCACACGAGACAGCAAAACUGCUAGCUCCAGCGACACGUAUCAUAGCGCAAUGUCCUCGUUGAUGGGCGAUCUCGACCAUAGCGGUUCCAGUACAAACAACGUCAUAUCCAGCAGCAGUAGUAGCAGUAGAACAUUACAAAACACUUGCCUCAAACCGGGUGUCCUAGAGUCCCACUUCCCCGUAUAUCCCGAAACAAUCUCCGACGAACGGCUGUCAUUGCUGUCGAAUACCAACGAAGCCAGUCCGGUUAGGUUGUCCACCGUGGCGACAAUGAACAGCCAACGAUUGGCGCUUAAAAGUCAGCUCAGCAGCCCCUCCGUCAGUAAGCAUCACAACGAUGACGAUCUGAACUUGUUCACUCGCAACGAAUCUUUACCACUGUUGGCGAGCCUUGUCGAAAAAUCCUCCCCAACCAAGUAUGCCCGCAAAAAACAUUCCGCAGUGUAUCCCAGUGAAGCCGGACAUCCUAUUGCCACCGCAGGAUUCAGCGCUGGUAGCAGUAGCAAUGGUGGUGGUAGCAUUGCCACCCUUCAUUCGUCCUCGUCGUACUCAUCGGUCGCUUCGUCACCCAGUCGACAGACUACGAAAAAUGAAAGCAACGUGUGAAGAUUCAAACAAAAGAAAACCUAUCUAGUCUACUGUCAUUUUCUCGUUCCCCUUCUUCUACGCAGUACUCAUAGGAAUAAUUCUCGUCUUGGAACCAGCAGUCCAUUUACAGUCUUCGUAUAAGGUAGCCUUAACAAGUUGUGAAUCUCGUGGGGAAAAACUCAGUUCUAGUCAGCUUUAACAAAACACUAAAUACAAUGGAUCAUUAGGAAGCAGUAGUAAGUCGAAGAAUGUGCCAAAAUAUAAUACAAAAAGGCAUUUACUCGCUAAGUUAAGACAGUAGGGGAAUCAGAAAAAGUCAAUUUUACUAUACAAGUCAGUACCAUAAUGGAAUGCCGGAAGACAUUCAGUCAUUCAGUUGCGAAAUGAUAAAUAUACUAUUUCUAGACACUAUAGCAAAUAUACAAGAUUUCAUUCGAGGAAAAAAAGGAUACUAUUGUAGUAAAAAUGUAGCACUAAAUGAGCAUACGACAGAAUGUUUAGAAUUUUUACAUUCAAUUUCAACUUUUAAUAUUUGUUACCGAAAACAAAACUACAGCAAACAGGAAAUACAAGUUUAGAGCAGGACUUACUGUUAGCAAAUGGUCUAAAGAUUCUAAAUUUUGUACAUACAAACUUUCCUGCGUCAGAAUAUAGUGAAAAGAAAAAACAAACGAACUGAGGCAGGAAUGUUUACUCCAAAAGACAUGAAAACAAUAACGAACAAAGUACAGUUAAAGCGGCAGAAUGAUGAAAACACAAAUGGAAUCUGUCAAAUCAAACUUAGAAUGGAUUUUUUGCAUUACAACCAAAGUUAUAAUUAAAAACAAAAACAAGCUAAAAUUUUCUAAUAGAGAAACUAAACAUUUCAGAUUCGUUCGACUGUGGGAGGAUAACAUAAAACCAGCAUGGGAAAUGAUUAACUAAAGAACCUAUAAAAUCCAGUCAUAUUAAACGGAAAGUAAGGAGUAUUAUUACUAUUUAGAGAAUAUAUUUGUUAGUUGAUUGAGAUAUCAGAAAAAAAAGUGGAAUAAAAACUAAUCCAAA